ACUAAUUCUAUAAACAAAUGAAGCAACAACCAAGCACACCAUUGGCUGGUACUGAGGAGACACGUGGAGAACGUUAGGAUUUUUGCAAUGAAAUUGUAAUUAAUGUGGGUGGGCUGAGAAUACAACGAAUGUUUAUCAUAGACAAUUUAUUUUCCAGUGCUAAGUCAACAUAAAAUAGCAAACUUUCAACAAUUAUUUAACAUUUUUAAGCUCAUGAGGUAGGGACACAGCGGGAACAAGCUUGAAAGGCAGUGUGCACAAUCGGAGCUCUGGCUCGUUCUUAUAUUUUGUAGUGGACUCUUUAUCUACUUUUAUUUGAGCGUCAUUUCAACUGAAAACGGGGAUUUAACAAGCCAAAUAUGAGCCACAUAUACAACAGUCGUGUGCAGCAACUUGGAGGCCCGCGUUCUGCUUUGAACUUAACCAAUUCUUCUAUGCUGUACCUGUAUGGAGGAGAGAGCGGUAUGUUGCCUGCUUUGGGUUUUACAUCAGGUAAUAUGAUGACGAGGCAGGAGCCACCUCAAAAGCCACCCUACAGCUACAUUGCUCUCAUCGCCAUGGCAAUCAAGAACGCUCCAUACCAAAAGGUUACCCUGAACGGCAUUUACCAGUUUAUCAUGGAACGUUUUCCUUUUUACCAUGACAACAAGCAAGGCUGGCAAAACUCAAUUCGGCACAACCUCUCUCUCAACGAUUGUUUCAUUAAGGUACCCAGAGACAAGGGCUGCCCGGGCAAAGGGAGUUACUGGACCCUCGACACAAAAUGCCUGGACAUGUUUGAAAAUGGGAACUACAGGCGUAGAAAACGAAAACCAAAGUCUCACGGUUCUCUAGAGUUCAAGGUUACCAAAAGGAGCAAAGUGAUAGACGGGGAGACAUCUGGCCCUGGUUCUAAACUUGGACAUGACUGUGAAAUCACAGCAGGAAGCCAGUUAUUUGCUCUUCCAGCAGUGACAAUUGGUACCUUGGGCACCAUUGAAGGACAGCAACAGAGACCACACACCGACUCCAAAUGCAUGAUGAUUUUGUCAGAUGGAGACCGCGCUAUAAAUAGGCUUUUGCAUUGUGCCAAGGUGCAGUACCCUUACGCGUCUUCAGCUGACCCGAAUUCUCAACCUGUUACCCAGGCUAAUACCUGGCCCAAAACUCCACCAUCACCUUCUGUUACCAUUUCACUGCCAUUAUUUCAAUCAAAGGAAAGCGCUUCAACCAAAGAGGAUAAGCCGAUAAGCCUCCCCAAAAAGGAUGAUUCUAUAAAUAGCUUGGCAACCGAGGACAGGAUGUGCCGAGGGGCGGAUGAAAUCCCACAGACAUCUGGUACCCAGCAGACGCCUAACCCUGCUUCACGCUCGCCCAUCCAAAUGGCUACAGGGCAAACCAGUCAGAAAGGAAGGCCAGCAGUGCUGACCAAAAGCACCGAUAGAUCAACAGGCUUUAGUAUAGAUAGUAUUCUGUCCAACAAAAGUAUUACUAAAGGCAAUGUUCGUGUAUCAGCAAUAGGUUUAGACAGCCUACCUAACAAAUAUGUUGGUGAUCUCACGGGAGGUACAUCAGGUUUCAUGAAUACCGCAUUAAUGUUUAAUGCACAACAAGUACCUGGUCGUUUUUAUCACAUUGGGUUUCCGUUGUAUCCUUACUUGCCUUUAACUUGCUCAGAAAAAUUACUUAACUUUCACUAGACAUAAAUCCCUUGGAAAGCACAUUGGGUAUUGAAAUACAUUUUCCAUGUUCCUUGUAGUUUAUUAUUAUUAUUAUUAUUAUUAUUAUUAUUAUUAUUAUUAUUAUUAUUAUUAUUAUUAUUAUUAUUAUUACACUUAUGCUGUAUAGCCAUAUGUAUCUAUUUCAUAGAAUUAAUUAAGAAUGCAUUUUAACAAUGUAUUUCAAAUAUAUGUAAAGCUCGCUUCGGAUACAGUAAAACAAAAUUUUAAUGACCUGAAAUCUGCAGAAUAUAUUGUAAAUGUACAGAUAUAAAUGCGGUUUUGUUACGUCAUUAUUGUCAGUAAAAUGUAUUCCUUGGUUAUCAUGCUAUAUUACUGCUUCUUAAAAACAUUUUUUGUAUUGGAGACAUCAAACUAAACAGUCUUAAACCGCUUGCUUAAAUUUACUGUAGCAUGUCAACACAUCUGUACAUUUGUAUAUUCUUACUGUAUGAGAUAGAUUCCAGCUGUUAUGCGAGUCACAUUUUUUGUUUAUAUCAUAGGUUUAAAAUGGAUUAUAUAGCCUACUGUUUGCUUUGUGUAGCGAAACUGCUCUAAACUGUGCACAGUCGAUAAUUAGAUUUGAUUUAAUAAGCACUUAAUUAUAAAAUAAUCGGGUUUAGUGCAUUUGUCCUAGAAUUUCGUAUUAUAUAGAGCCAUGCAGCCAUUUUAUACCAAUACCUGCACUAUAACUGCAAUCUGUUAUUCGAAGUGUAUGUUAAUAAUAAAGAUUGCUACACUAACGUGGUUGUAUUGCAUUUCAUAAUCAUCUAAUAAAAUAUUUUGGUUAAGAACAUGUGUUUGUAUUAUGUUUGUCGUAUGUGUUAAAAACUAUUUGUCAAUUUCUACAAUAAUAAUUAUUAUUAUUAUUAUUUGUUUAUUUAGCAGACGCCUUUAUCCAAGGCGACUUACAAAGACUAGGGUGUGUGAACUAUGCAUCAGCUGCAGAGUCACUUACAAUUACGUCUCACCCGAAAGACUGAGCACAAGGAGGUUAAGUGACUUGCUCAGGGUCACACAAUGAGUCAGUGGCUGAGGUGGGAUUUGA